AUGUCCGCAUUAGCAAGACGUUUGCAAAAGGAACUCAUAAGCCUGAAGGAGUCGCCUGUUAAGGAUUUCUUCAAAAUGGACGACCCGGAAGACAACAUGACAUCGUGGUCUGGACUGCUUUAUCCUGAUAGCCCACCCUACGAUAAGGGUGCUUUCAAAAUCUUAAUCAACUUCAGUGCAGAAUAUCCUUUCAAGCCACCGAAACUCGUUUUUAAAACCCAAAUUUAUCACCCCAAUGUGGACGAAAAGGGUCAAAUAUGUUUUCCAGUGAUCUCCCGAGAGAAUUGGAAACCCACAACAACGAUAGGUUGUGUGAUUGAGAUGCUUCAGGCUUUGGUUGCGAACCCCGAAAUUCAGCACCCCCUUCGCCCCGAUCUUGCUGAAGAAUAUCAGAAGGAUCGCGCCACAUUCUAUAGGAAGGCUGCUGAACACACUGCUCUGCAUGCCAUCAAGCGCUGA